GGUGGAACCGAUAGUGGUCAGCAGCCGGUCCUCUAUUCCCCUCUCGCCCCCACAUCUCAUCCCUUCUGCUCUACAAAAGCUGCGGGCCGACCACCGCGCUUCCCCACACCCUUCCAGCUCGCGACGCCACCUGAGACCUGACCACCUCGGCUGCUACUGCUAGACGGGCACGGCCUCGCCGACUCCUUCUUCCAUCAGGGUUCGACAGCUCACCCUUUUGGAUCCAAGUUCAGGUUUGAUCUGUGAGGAAGUUCAACUCUGCAGUGCUGUUCCGAAUCGGAAGCUUGAUCAUGGAAGGAGCCACUCCCACUUCCGCUCCCUCGAGCACAAGGAUUGCUGUGGUCACCGGCGGGAGCAAAGGGAUCGGGCUGGAGGCGUGCAAGCAGCUGGCAGGCGGCGGCGCCAUCACCGUUGUUCUGACGGCCAGGAACGAGACGAGGGGAACAGCGGCGGUCGAGCAGAUCAAGCGGCUGGGGCACGCAGAUGUCAUCUUUCAUCAGCUGGACAUCACGGAUGCUUCCAGCAUCGCUCGACUCGCAGAUUUCCUCAAGACCCGUUUCGGGAAGCUUGACAUCCUGGUGAAUAACGCCGCGACGGAUGGGAUUGAGCAUGUCAUUGAUCCAGUUUAUGGCUUAACGCCCGGCGAUGAAACGUUCAAUGGCAUGGACGCGGGCCAGAGGAUCAAUUGGAUGUGGACCAGCUGCCGCCAGACGUACGAGACCGCGAAACAGGGCCUGCAGACAAACUACUACGGCACGAAGCGGGUGACGGAGGCUCUCCUGCCCCUGCUCCGAUCCUCGUCCGACGGAAGGAUCGUCAACGUCUCCUCCAACUUCGGAUUGCUCAGCGUAAGCAUCAUGCGUCGAUCACCACGCACAACAAAUAAGUUCCUCCAACAGCAACAAAAAAGAGGUCAUGAUUCGAUGCCAACCUUCUUCCUUCCUUUUCGGCCGCAGUUUUUCAGGAACGAGGAGCUGAAGCAGGAGCUGAACGACGUCGACAGCCUGACCGAGGAGAGGCUGGACGAGCUGCUGGCCAUGUUCCUCAAGGACUUCGAGGCCGGCGGCGCGGAGGCGCGCGGGUGGCCGGCCGAGUUCUCGGCGUACAAGGUGGCCAAGGCCGCCAUGAACGCCUACUCGAGAAUCCUGGCCAAGAGGCACCCGGAGCUGCGCGUCAACUGCGCGCACCCCGGCUACGUGAAGACGGAUAUCACCAGGAACUCCGGGAUCCUGACGCCGGAGGAGGGCGCGCGCAACAUCACCAGCGUUGCGCUGCUGCCGGAAGGCGGGCCCACCGGCAAGUACUUCUCCGAAGGCGAGGAGGCAUCCUUCGUGUGAAAGAGCAUCUGUAGUACUACUGUUUUGUUGCGCUUAUCUGUGGUGUGUGGUGGGAUAAUCUGCAAAGUCGAGUUCAAAAAAAGGAAUAAAGUUACGUUAGUUUGGA